GGCCGGAAGCGGCGCCAUGGAGGCGGCGGCAGAGAGGCGGCGGGAGCGGCGGCGGCGGGAGACGGCGGUGAAGGCCGAGAAGCGCAGUCCCCGGCGCUCCGCCUCCCGUUCGGCGCGGGGCAGCCAGUCGCCGCCGGCCGAGGAGAGAAGGGGCCCGGCCGGGCCGCGCCAGGGCAGCCGCGGCAGGAGCAGCAGAUCGCCUAAGAGAAAGAGCAAGUCCGGGCGGAGAAGCCGGUCCCCGCGUGGCAGACGGAGCCGGAGCCCGCAUCACGCCGCCGUGAAGGUGAAGCAGGAGCGAGAUGAUCACAGCCGCAGAGGGAAUGAGGAGCGGAAGCAGAGGCAUCCAUCAGAGGAAGAACACAGGAGGGAGAGAAGCAGUGACAGAGACAGGCACAGAGAACACUCAGACAGAAGGAGGAAUGCAAGUGAGAGGCCUGGAGUUCGAGGCCACGAGCGAGAGAGGGAUGCGCAGAACAUCCGUGAGCAGCAAGCAGAGAGGGAGUUUUACAACGAGAGGAGACGAGAGCAUCGACAGAACAACGAGGAGGGGGGUGGUGGUGCUGACCAGAACCCCGAACUGGGGCAAUCUGAUAACAAACCGAAAGAAAAAGCUUCUGCCAACAAAGAGAAACCAAGCUUUGAACUGUCGGGUGCGCUUCUGGAGGACACCAACACCUUCCGGGGCGUUGUGAUUAAGUACAGCGAGCCCCCCGAGGCGCGGAUCCCCAAGAAGCGCUGGCGCCUCUACCCCUUCAAGAACGAUGAGUUCCUGCCCGUGAUGUACAUCCACAGGCAGAGCGCCUACCUGCUGGGCCGGCACCGCCGCAUCGCCGACAUCCCCAUCGACCACCCCUCCUGCUCCAAGCAGCACGCCGUCUUUCAGUACCGGCUGGUGGAGUACACCCGUGCCGAUGGCACCGUGGGGCGGCGCGUGCGGCCCUACAUCAUCGACCUGGGCUCGGGGAACGGCACCUUCCUCAACAACCAGCGCAUCGAGCCCCAGCGCUACUACGAACUGAAGGAGAAGGAUGUGCUCAAGUUCGGCUUCAGCAGCAGGGAAUACGUCCUCCUCCACGAGUCCUCAGAUAAAUCUGAGGCCAAUGCAAAGGACGAUGAUGACGAGGAGGAGAAGGAGGAAGAGUCGGACAGUUAACAGCUGAGGAGGAGAUGGCAGGGGGUGGGACAGGAAAGAGUUUCUUUGCAGCUGAACGUGUGUUGGGAUGUGAACGCUGAAGCAUCACAGCGUUGAUGCCUCUUAUUGCCUUAAAGUCCUUUUUGUUGCUGAUCUCCUAGCAUAUUUGGGGGAAGCUCACUGAUUUUCCAUCUCUUGAUAGUUCUGUGUAUCAGGAAAUACAGCUUGCUCUUUUU